GACCUCGACGUCAUCAGCUGCAGAUCGCUUCUCGUCCCAACUGAUUUUUAUUUUUUUACUUGACACCUGAGCGCUUGUGCUUUUCGCCGAAAUGGCCGUGUGAUCUGCAGCCUGUAGACAGCGCGCAAACUCCUCAGUGCAUCAACAUAGUGCACUGGCUCAGUACAUUUAUUCAAAAAUGGCGUCCCUUGUGGCAACUCUGACCUUUGCUGUACCUGACAGCUCGAAAUUUUUCGAAAUCUCAGUAGAAGACUCCCUUAUUCCACUUGAAAUAGACAGCCAUGUCUUUGAUGAGCUCACGGUUUGGCCCGGACGAUAUGGAGGCCCUCCUUUGGGACCCAUCAUCACCGAUGGCUGACCCUCUGGGGUCCUUUCUAGAUAAAGAUGAGGAGGUUCUUACUCUCAGAGGCACUGAAUCGCCCCUCUCAUCUUUCUCUUCCUCUCCACUUCCCUCUCUCUCCCCACCCUGCACUCCUCCCUCACUUCAGAGGGGGGAGAAGGCUGGGCUCAAUCCGCUGUCCCUGUCCUGGUUCUCCUCAGAUGAGCUGUGCCUAGAUAAUGGUGGUGCAGACAGCAGUAAUGAUCAUUCAUUCAGUGAAAUGGAUUGGAUGACAGAGCGAAUUGAUCUGAGUGAGUUUGAUCUGGAGUCUUUGAUUGACUCCUAUGAUUCGGAGGAUCCGCCCAGUUCUCCUGAGGAAUUCAUUGCUUCUCUGGAGUCACAAAUAGACCUGGAGUCCCAGUCUGUAGCUCUUAACAAUGCCCCUUCACCCGGUCCCCAAGUGUCUGUCCCUGAAAUUGAUCAACUUUCCAACCUUGCAUUCACUUUGAGUACUCCAGUUUCUACUGCAUUCAUUCCCUCAACACCCUGUGAAGUGUCGGAUUCCUCCUCCGUAGUCCCCGAGCCCCAGGCCGAGCUCGAGAUAAAGUCUGAACCGGCCUCCCCUCUCCCAUCACCUUCUAUUCUUUCACCUGAGUCCCCAACUGACACCCUUGAGCUUGGUUGCGAGGUGGACAUAGCUGAAGUGCAGAGUCCAACCCCCGUUGAGAUGCGGGUGCCCAAAAUUGUCCUGUCCCUCUCCCCAACCCGCAUUGUUCUUGUACUUGCUCCCAAAGAGGAGGCUAAUUUGAUAGCGGCCCACCCAGUUGAAUUGGUUGUGGAGAAUCCCCCAAGCCCAGCCUCCCCUGACCCACAAACCCCAGCCUCUCCCCAGUCCCGAUCAGGCAGGGUGAAUCCAUACCAUGUACCUGAUUCUAAGCCCACCCAAAAUCAGCAAUCGAAGUCGCCUUCCCUUACAGGAAGAGUGAAGUCAGCCAGUGGCUCAAAGGUUGUAGUCGAGAAGAAGAAGCUGAAGAAAAUGGAGCAGAACAAGACUGCGGCGACUCGUUACCGACAGAAGAAGCGUGCAGAGCAGGAAUCCCUCCAGUCAGAGUGUACAGCUCUGGAGGAGAGGAAUCAAGAGCUGGCGGAUAAAGCAGAGUCCCUCACUAAAGAGAUUCAGUAUCUAAAAGAGCUAAUGGAUGAAGUCAAGAGGGCAAGAGAGAGCAGGAAUAUGAAGUCGUAGAAAGAAAUGGACACAAGAGGCUUGAAGCUGAGAGAAAUAGACUGUUUUGGCAUAGCCUGAAGUGCAGAAUACUAUGGAUGUUGGUCCUAAAAGAAAGUAUUAUCUGAAGGGUUUAAUAACUUAUUUUAUUCUUCCCCAUUGGCUUAGUAGAAACCGCUUCAUUUUUUAGCAUAUCAUCUAUCAGUAAAGCCUGAUAUACUUUUACAAGUGUGUUUUUUUUUUCAUUGUAUGCAGCGUAUUAUAGAUAGCAUUGUAUUGUUGAUUGUAUUGACAUUGAAAUUGUGCUGUAUAAAUGCUUAAUAUUUAAACUUUCCUUGUCUUUAUUCAUACAGGUGGUGUGCACUGUAUUAGAUUAUGUAUUGACUGUCUUUGGGCCUUUCUCCACUUAUUAACUAACUUGAAUGUUAUUUGAAUAAUAAACCUUUAAAAAGAUA